AUGCAUGGAGUGAAAGACGGGAGCGACAAGAAGAUCCUUGUGGACAUGUUACUGUGGGCAAUGGAAAACCAAGCUCCUGCUAACAUAGUGCUCAUCACUGGUGAUGGAGAUUUCUCGUAUGUUCUUCACCGACUGAGUAGGAAGGGGUACAACGUUGUCCUAAUACGACCUGAGCGUGCAUCAGCCACGCUCAUCAAUGCUGCCAAGACAGUGUGGUUUUGGAGGAGCAUAGUUGCUGGUGGCUCAGGCUCCGAGGUUCCUAAACAAGCUGAGUCCAGUAAGCGUAUGAACUCGGGUUUGGCCGUUAAAAGCAAGAGUAGCCAGAGAUUCUGUGAAACUUGCAUUGUUACUUGCUCAAGCUUGGUUGAUUUCAACUCUCACCUCUCUGGUAAAAACCACAAGAGAAAGGAACUCGUAACCUCUUCAAGAACCAACGAGAUUAGAUGCCGCGCUAGCCAGACAAAGCGCUCAUGUCACUGA